AUGGCUCCCUGGCCUGAGCUGGAAAAUGCCCAGCCUGACCCCAAUAAAUACAUGGAAGGGGACACUAGCCAGCAGUCCACCACACCCGGGAAGGGCAAGGACACUAGCCAAAAUGACAGCGGGACCCCAGUCACCAAGAUCGAGCUUCUGCCGUCCUAUUCCACCGUGGCACUGAUAGAGGAACCCACAGCAGUGGAAGACCCCUGGGACCUGCCCGAGCUCCGGGACACGGGGAUCAAGUGGUCAGAGAGAGACACCAAAGGGAAGAUUCUCUGUGUCUUCCAAGGAAUUGGGAAAUUUAUUUUGCUUCUGGCAUUUCUCUACUUCUUCGUGUGCUCGCUGGAUGUCCUCAGCAGUGCCUUCCAGCUGGUUGGAGGAAAGGUGGCCGGGCAGUUUUUCAGCAACAACUCUAUUAUGUCCAACCCCGUGGCUGGGCUGGUGAUCGGAGUGCUGGUGACUGUCCUUGUGCAGAGUUCCAGCACCUCCUCGUCCAUCAUCGUCAGCAUGGUGGCCUCCUCGUUGCUGACUGUGCGUGCCGCCAUCCCCAUCAUCAUGGGGGCCAACAUUGGGACCUCAGUCACCAACACCAUUGUGGCGCUCAUGCAGGCAGGAGACCGGAGUGAGUUCAGAAGGGCUUUUGCGGGGGCUACUGUCCAUGACUUCUUCAACUGGCUCUCUGUGUUGGUGCUCUUGCCCCUGGAGGCAGCUACCCAUUACCUGGAGAUCCUGACCAACUUGGUGGUAGAGACCUUUAACUUCAAGAAUGGAGAAGACGCCCCGGCACUUCUGAAAGUUAUCACAGAUCCCUUCACGAAACUCAUUAUCCAGCUGGAUAAGAAAGUUAUCAACCAAAUUGCAAUGAAUGAUGAAGCGGCCAAAAACAAGAGUCUGAUCAAGAUUUGGUGUGAAACUUUUACCAACGUGACUCAGAUGAAUGUCACUGUCCCCUCGCCUGAGAACUGCACCUCCCCUUCCCUUUGUUGGUCGGACGGUUCCUACACCUGGACCAUCAAGAACGUGACCUACAAGGAGAACAUUGCCAAGUGCCAGCACAUCUUUGUGAAUUCCAGCCUCCCAGAUGUUGCUGUUGGCAUAAUCCUGCUGUUAGCCUCCCUGCUGGUCCUCUGUGGCUGCCUGAUCAUGAUCGUCAAGCUCCUGGGCUCCGUGCUCCGGGGACAGGUAGCCGUUGUCAUCAAGAAGACCCUCAACACUGAUUUUCCCUUUCCUUUUGCCUGGCUGACUGGCUACCUGGCCAUCCUUGUGGGGGCAGGUAUGACCUUCAUCGUGCAGAGCAGCUCUGUGUUCACAUCUGCUAUGACCCCACUGAUUGGUAUUGGUGUGAUCACCAUUGAGAGGGCAUAUCCACUCACGCUCGGCUCCAACAUCGGCACCACCACCACCGCCAUUCUGGCCGCCUUAGCCAGCCCAGGCAAUACUCUCAGGAGCUCACUGCAGAUCGCCCUGUGCCACUUUUUCUUCAACAUCUCGGGCAUCCUGCUGUGGUACCCAAUCCCAUUCACCCGCCUGCCCAUCCGCCUGGCCAAGGGGCUGGGCAACAUCUCCGCCAAGUACCGCUGGUUUGCCAUCUUCUACCUGAUCUUCUUCUUCUUCCUGACCCCGCUGGCCGUGUUUGGCCUCUCACUGGCGGGCUGGCCGGUGCUGGUGGGCGUGGGGGCGCCCAUCAUCCUCGUGAUCCUCCUGGUGGUGGUCCUCAGGUUCCUGCAGUCCCGCUACCCGCGCAUCCUGCCCAGAAAGCUCCAGAGCUGGGACUUCCUGCCGCUGUGGAUGCACUCGCUGAAGCCCUGGGAUGAACUGAUCUUCCUGCUCACUGGCUGUUGCCAGACGCGCUGCUGCUUCUGCUGCCGGGUCUGCUGCCGCGCCUGCUGCCUGCUGUGCGGCUGCCCGGCCUGCUGCCGCUGCAGUGGGUGCUGCCGGAUCCUGGAGGAGGAGCAGGAUACGCCCAUCAAGGCCCCCAAGGCCUUUGAUAACAUGGCCAUGAGCACAGAGGCCCAGGACGGGGCCCCCAGGUCUCAGGUGGAUGGCCCGGACACAGAGGUCACCUCCAGCAGCACAGCCUUGUAG